AAAUAAUGAUCAAGGACAUAGCAACGAAAACCUAUUAAGUGGCUUCUCCUUCAGAUCCAAGCAGGACAAUGAGAUUUAAGUUUUUUACAGAUUAUAGAUUAGGAGGGAAAAGACUUAAGAUAUUUGAUUUUUCAGAGACUAUUAUUCAUCAUUUAGAUCUUAAUAAAUUCAUUAUAACAAGACUCAAUGAGUUUACAAAUGAAAUGGAGAUUCAUUUUGCGGAUGCAUCAUUUAUUCAAAAAUAACUAGAUGAAAGAAGCCAUCUAGAUUCAUAAAGUAUAAUUGAAAUUCCAAGUAUAUAAAAGGAACGCAUAGAAUUAGAACAUUUUAAAAAAAUAAUCUCUAUUAAUAUUCAAGAAAAACAUUUUAUUAUAGUAUUGCCAGAUAGAUUGUUAAAAUACCAUUUGGAAUCUCUUGUUACAGAUACGAAAGAAAAAGCAUAAUAUAUAGAAGAAAUAAUUUAUAAACCUUUUUUUAUAUCUUUGAAGCCUUACAUAUCAGUAUUUUUAAAGGAAACUUUAUAUUUGUUUUAGAAGAAUUCAAUCAAUUAGAGUAAAACAAGUUAAAUAAUAAUACAUUAUAAGACCAUUGACUGUAAAAGUAGAGAUAAAUUACCACAAAAUUAGAAAAUUGUAUUUAAAAGUCCUAAAGUUGUUUAAACAGCAGAAACAAUACUUUCUUCUAUUGAGAAAGUGAAAAUUUUUGAGAAUGAUCGAAUUAUUUUGAAGGUUUAUACUGAAUUCUAAUCCAAAAAUUACAUUCAAAAAAUUAUUUCUGAUCCUGGGGAAUCAACAUUCAUAAAAUAUUGCAAAUAAAAAGGAUAAAAACCUGAUUUCGGAUAUAUUCAAAGAUAUUCAAAUAAAAAGAAUGAAGCAUAACAAAAGGCAACAAAUAAUUGAUUAGUAUCAUUAUAUAAACUCAAC